CUGGUUUCCCCUGCAGGAGCCAUGUUUGUUGAUGUGUCAUAUCAAAGUGACUUGUUGGGCGAUCAGCUGGCGGAGAGGGAGUAACAAGUUGCACUUUGUGUCCGCGCUGAGCGACGCCAUGGCCUCUCUGCACUAGAUUUGAACCAGUCAAGGACCAAGCAGCAGCCUGGUCCUGAUACUGAUCGACGCACCAUGGAAGGAUCAGAGGUUGAAUCUGUGCUGGAGGAAUCGAAUCAGGAGAAUCAGCUUCACAACAACACUUCAGACGCGGAAGAGGUGAAACAAAUGUUGGGCAACAAUAUGCAAGACACAGAAAUCAACAGUCGGGCCGCCGAUACAGAGUGUGAUCCCAGUCCAGUCUCAGGAGAGAGUGAGACAGCCCAACUGGGAACUCCAUCCACCACUCCGGAUGUAGUAGAAAACUCCCCUUCGGUUUGUGAAGGAACCGAAGACACCUCUUUCACUCUUAGUGCCACUACUCCAAACAGCAAUGAGCAGCCGCCACUCUCGGUCAGGAAUGGCUCCACAGCCGCAGCGCCUGAUGACGAGAGUGUUUCAGCUGAGAGUUCUUCACUCUCCUCCGUCCAAAGCACUUCGAAGAGCUCUCCCACCGACUCCACGACCUCUGGGAUCUCUAAUGGCCCCUCAACGCCGACCUCCGACACCAUCAGCUCCCCGUUCGCUUCCAGCCCGCAAACCAAUCCCAAGAACUCCAUCCCCUUGCACUCCCUGUCCAGUCCCUACGACACUGACUGCAGCCGAAAGCUCAUCUCCCAGAUCGAGCGCUCCCUGUCGCAGGAGUCACUGCUGGAUGAGCUGGAGUCGGAGCUGUUGGCUUGUCAGCUGCCCGUGGGUGAAAAUGGAGGCGGGAAGAAAGGCAGCCCGCCUGUCAACGGGCUCCCCGCAGACCAGGACGACUGCAUGGUGGCGUUUGAGAAGUGUGUGCAGUACAAGUAUGCACAACAGGAGAAAGCUAUCCAGAGGCUGCUCGAGGAGAACAAGCGGCAUCAGGAGCUGAUCCUGGGCAUUUGUUCAGAAAAAGACAAUAUGAAGGACGAGCUGAAAAAGAGGGCGGACACGGAAAAGCUGCAUGUAGCCACCAUUAAAAAGCUGGAGAGCAGGGUGGAGGAGCUGCUGAGGGAACUGAAGGAAUCCCGGGACAAACUGGUCCACCAGGACCAGGCGGCUAAAGCUGCCCUCCAGCACGUGCAGAAGGAGACGACUUACCGGCUCGAACAGGCGAACAGGAAGUGUGACGAGGCGCGGCAGGAGAAGGAGGCCAUGGUGAUGAAGUACGUGCGCGGGGAGAAAGAGGCCCUGGACCUGAGGCGGGACAAGGAGAGUCUGGAGAAGCGGCUGAGGGAAGCCACCAGGGAGGUGGACCGCCAGGCCCUCCGAGGAAACCAGCUGGCCCAGGAGAAAGGCCGCCUGCAGCAGCUCUACGACGCCAAGGAGGGCGAAGUUGGCAGGCUGGCCAGGGAAGUGGAGAAGUUGAAGGAGGAAAUAAACUCGCACCUCAUCAAGGUGAAAUGGGCCCAGAACAAGUUGAAGAGCGAGGCGGACGCCCACAAGGAGACGAAAGACAAACUGAGAGAAACCACGUCCAAGCUGGCCCAGGCGAAAGAAGAGACCGAACAGAUCCGCAAGAACUGUCAGGACAUGAUCCGGACGUACCAGGAAUCGGAGGAGCUCCGCUCCAAUGAGUUGGACGCAAAGCUGAGGGAGACCAAAGGAGAGCUGGAGAAACACAAACAGGAGCAAACAGACCAACUAGAGGUGCACCGAGUGAAAGCCAAAGAGCUGGACGACCUGAAGAGGAGUUACAAAGAGGCCAUGGACGAACUCGACACCCUGCGCACGAAGCUGAAGUGUCUGGAGGACGAGCGCCCGCGCUGGGAGGACGAGCUCAGCAAGUACAGAGAGAUCAUCAAUCGGCAGAAAGCCGAGAUCGGCCGGCAGAGAGAGAAGCUGGAGGAGGUUACCGCGCUCCAGGAGCAGCAUCGGCGCGACGAGGAGGAGAUGGCCUCGCUCCGGGAGGAGGUGGACAGCCUGAACGGUCAGCUGGCCGACCUGCAGCGCGACGUCCAGGGCAGCCGGGAGCGCGAGGCCGAGCUGCUGGGCUUCACCGAGAAGCUGAGCAGCAAGAACGCCCAGCUGCAGUCGGAGAGCAACGCGCUGCAGUCGCAGCUCGACCAGCUCGCCGGCAGCUCCGCCGAGCUCCGGGCCAAGCUGGAGGAGACCGGCCGGCUGCUGGACGACAAGUCACGGCAGCUGAAACAGGAAGAGGCGCUGAGGCAGCAGGAGGUGCAGGGGCUGCGGGAGGAGCGGGCGGCGCUGCAGGCCGACGUGGCCAAACUGAAGACCCGAGUGGACGAGCUGAGGGACGAGCUGGUGACUCAGAAGCGGAAGCAAGCCGCCAACAUCAAGGACCUGACGAAGCAGCUCACCCAAGCCCGAAAAAGGCUGGACCAGGUUGACAAUGGAGGCUGCGACCGAGACGCCGGCAGCAUGGGGAGCCGCUCCAGUUCCUCAGGUACUACUCCGGAAUUUGGCUCCUUGAACGCUCGCCACGGCGAGGAGCGGUCGCCGGAGAGCCAGUCGGGCCCGUCGGUGGUGGUCGCCGACAGCUUCCCGGAGGUGGACAAGGCCGUGCUGGUGGAGCGCAUCGUGCGCCUGCAGAAGGCCCUGGCUCGCAAGCAGGAGAAGAUCGAGUUCAUGGAGGAUCACAUCAAGCAGCUGGUGGAGGAGAUCCGCAAGAAGACCAAAAUCAUCCAGAGCUAUGUGCUGAGGGAGGAGUCAGGGGCCUUGUCGUCGGAGGCGUCGGACAUCAACAAGGUGCACCUCAGCCGGCGGGGGGGCAUCAUGGCGUCGCUGUACACCUCCCACCCGGCGGACAGCGGGCUGACGCUGGACCUGUCGCUGGAGAUCAACAGGAAGCUGCAGGCCGUGCUGGAGGACACGCUGCUCAAGAACAUCACUCUGAAGGAGAACCUGCAGACUCUGGGGGCCGAGAUCGAACGGCUCAUAAAGCAGCAGAGGGAUCCCAAGGAUGAAGCGAGGAGGAAGUGAAACGGUGGAAGGAUACGAGUGAUCGAGAACAACGUUUAGAAUCUCCGGCGUGUCGUCUUAUGUCUUCUUCUUACGGACAUUUGAAGAAGCGAAUGACCUCCAACACAUCUUCCUCUGGCUCCCGAAGAGCCUCCGUCAAGAUUAACAGAGCUCAGAACUCUGGUUGCCUUGUGAAAAUAAUGAUAAUUAAAAAAGACUGAAGACGCCAUCAUCACGAAUGUAUCAUCAAACCUGCGAUUUGCCAGUAAACUCAUCGCAUAAGAAGAAAGAGCUGCUGCUCGUCCACCUCUGUCCUCUCCGAGUGUCUCCAGGUGUGUUUCUCGGACCGCCGCUCUGCGUCCCCGUCAGGCACACCCACCCACGUGUGCGACACGACGAUGGCGCCGAAGCAGCCUCCUCCUCCUCCUCCUCCUCCUGAGCUGCGCCUGUUGUGCACACGGCAACUAGUGAAGGUUAAAACGCAGAGCUGGUCUUUAGUUUGUCUGAGUUUUCUACGUGAUUUUUAAUUUAUUUUUCUUUUAAAAUUGGCUCAAUGCUGAGUUGUUUUUUCUAUGAUUCUAUUUCACCUCGUCUGAUUCUUCCCGUCGCCAGAAACUUUUAGUGCCACCAAGAGAGAGAAACGGACGAGAGCAUCGGAAGAUGCCGCUCAGCAUUCCUCGUAUCGGACCGUGAUGCUCACAGCAUGUACGAACUCUGUUUUUGCACCGUGUGCAUAAUAUGAUUUGGUGGCAGGAAAAGACUCAUUCCUGUCACGCUCCUUCUUUUCUUUUUUUUUUUUUUUUUGUCAUUUUGUCAUGAUUGUAAUUUUGCGUAGCGUCACUGAGUCCAUUGAAGUCAAUGAAGUGCAGAAGAUGAAAAAAGGGAGAAGAGGAGAUCUGUAGCCGUCGCUCAGGAACGCUAUAGAGACAAACCCAGGGACAAAGUGCAAUGCUGCUCCCUUUUCUUUUGUUCUGAAUGUUGUUUGUGUGCCAGUGAACCGUUUGAAUGUUUUCAUGUAUGGGGGAACACGCCGCCGUGCUGGAGUGUGUGUGUGUGUGUGUGUGUGUGUGUGUUUAUGGCUGCAUCGCGUGCCUUUUCGUGAAGCUGGUUGCGUUUGCCAGAUUGUUCCAUUCAGAGGAGUAAGUGCGGUUUGCAUUUAGACUGGACUUUGUUAGCUGCGAACACACACACACCUGCACAGACCAUCAUGCGCUCUGGAACACUCCCGGUGGAGGGCAGGGAGCCGGCUCGCCGUCUCGCCGUCUCGCCGUCUCGCCGUCCCCUCUCCACCUGGUUUGAUCCGAGCGCAGACGCCGCCGCCUCGCAUCCGUCACGGCCAGAAACGGGGCCUUUGUGGGCCGCAAGCGGCUCCGCCGCCCCUCAAGUCCCCCGAGGCGACGUCAGAACGGACCACUGGUUUCCCAGACCGAGUCCUCAAAGCCUCACGACUGCAGCGGCGAGCAACUCUGUUGGAUUUAGCUGUCGUUCAAUCGAACUGCUUCUCACGUGACGAGGGAUCAGUUUUUCAAACCUGCAGAUUAACUCAACACACAUUCAGCAAAAAAUGAUUUAGAAAUGAACUGAUCUGCAUGAAUCUUUAAAAAAAAAAAAAGAAUCCAAAUCGAAGCGUUUACUGUUUCCGUCUCCGAAAGUGAACAUCAGACCUAUGCAACCUCCAUACGCAAGGGAAUCCCCUCAGACCGCGCGCUGCUUUCCCAUUUGAGAUGAACCCGCUGCUCGCUCGGCCCUGACGCGAAGCCCUGCCGCAGCAGCCCGUCAUGAAUGAAUGAAUGAAUGAAUGAAUGAAGUCCCGUGUGCUCAGCCUCAGUCUGUAGAUCCAAAUGACAAACCGUCGUCUUGAUUUCUGUUUUUCCCUUUCGUGCAAUGGUUCCCCCCAUGCUCUGUUUUGUGGAAUAUCCAAGCUGUGAUCAUGAUAUGCAUUUGUAGAUAUGUCAUUCUGUAAAAACAACAUGAGCUGUUUGUUUUUUGUUUUUUUUUUUUUAAAUAAAAGAGUGAUUCUGAACGAUGUCUGUACAUACGGUGUUUCCAGGGAAUUAAAAGAGUCUUAACUUCA